UUCUACCGCAAAGAAAGGGAAAGCUGUUUGUGGCAGAAAAUGAUCCCGCUCCCCCAGACUUGCUCCAAGGAUAGGAUCUUAAGUUUGACGUGGCAAAUCCCAUGUCAUAGACCUGGGGAGUUGAUGGCUUUAAUCCUCAACAACAACAACAACAGUGUUAUCUUAUGCUAUCGUAUGGCAACACUUCAUGAAAAAACAUAUAGCUCAUGGCCUGGUCCCUGCUGCUACCAUAGCUCCUAAACCUGCAGUUCCCCGCACCCCUCCCCCUCGUAGUCCAAACCCUUCUCCAGAGAGGCCCAGAUCCGCCUUGGCAGCAGCUAUUCUAGUGACAACAUUAACUGGACGUACUGUUGCUAUUCCUCAGCCUCGGCAGAGAUCACUCUCUGAGAGUGAUUCCACUUGUUUGGAACAAGAAGGCUUUGAGCCCUAUGCCACAAUCACAGAGCUCAGAAUGGGGCCCAAUUGGAAGCGGGAUGGGAGUGAAAGAUCACCUGUGCAGUCUCUGGAAGUGUCAGGCAAUUUUUGUGAGGACGAGGAUAUGGAUACUUAUCUUUCAGACAUAGAAAAGGAGCCAGAAGCCAGCUAUCAGGGUACAGAGGAAAGAAACGAAAACUUUAGCAACGAUGUCAUUUAUUCUGUUCCUUACAAAAAUAAACAGGAAAAGCUUCUAGCCUCUCCUGGCAUCGACAUGGGUGAGAAUGAAAUUUCCUCUCCUGAAACUGCAAUUCAAACAAUAGUAGACCAGUCAAAUGUACAAGUGGAAGAAGAUGAACUUCCUGCUUUGAUUUUAAAGGAGGAAAAAUUGUCAGUUGAAAAGCCACUAAGUGAAAAGCCUCCACCAUCCCCAGAUGUAUCUGCUCGGGCACGACAAGUGUGGAUGGGUAAAACUAAAGAGAAGUUCCAAGAACUAAAACAAGAAAACUGGUCUCUAAACAAUGCAAACCAGACCAUGUUGUGGCAAGUUGAGGAAUUAAAACAACAAAUGAAGGAACUGCAGCUAAAACUUAGGAGACUGGAAAAAGAAAAUGGAAAACUUAAAGACGCUGCAGAGAAGCCACAACGGGAAGAGGAAGUUGCAGAAUUGCUUUCAUUAAGACAACAAGCCCAGGAACUGGUGGAUGAAAAUGAUGGUUUGAAAAUGACUGUUCAUCGUUUGAAUGUAGAAUUGAGUCGUUAUCAAACUAAAUUCAGGCCAUUGUCUCAAGAAGAGAAUCUGCAAGUCAGAGGUCUGCCCCUGAAAGGACCACCACCCCCAUGGCUGUUGGAUAUGAAAUAUUUGUCACCUCUCCUGCUGGCAUAUGAAGACAGAAUGAGAGAAAAGGAUGAUUUAAACGUUGCGCAUGAGAAGGAGAUGAAGAAUUUUAGGGUACGAGUAGAAGAACUGGUGAAAGAAAAUAAGCAAUUGUACCAGCAGUUAAAUAAAAAUAGUGCUACUACCUCCAAGGAAUGGCAACAGCUACAAACUCAAGCCAAGCUGGUCUUGGAAGAAAAUGGAGUGUUGAUGAAACAGCUGGAAAUUCAACAAGCUAAAGCAAAAGACAAUCACAACCAACAUAUCCAAGAAGUUUCUAAAUUGACCAAACAAAUAAUGAUGUUGGAAGCUAAGAAACAGAGCCAGGAAGAGAAGAUAUUAGAGUACCAAAAGAAGCUAGAGGCUUUACAUGCUACAUGUAAAGAGCUGAAAGACAAGCUGAAUGGCAGAGUGACAGCAGAGAAGCAUUCUGCUUUGGUGAAUGAGUUAAAAAGUCAGUUACAACAGGAAGAGGAAAACCGAAGUGCUCAGCUGAAGGAUCUAAUGGAAAAGCUAGUAACACUGCAAGCACGCAAUAAGAGCUUGCUUUUAGAGAAAAAUGAGUUGGUGGCUGACAACAAAAUCCUUGGAGCUGAGCUGGAAACAGCACAGAAGACAAACAGGCGAUCACAGAAGAAAAUAAGACUUCUGAAAGAGCAGUUAGAAGAAACUAUGGAAAAGGAAGUGGCAGCCCACCAAUACCUAGCAAACCUUAUCAGUCUGGCAGAAAAUACAGCUCAGGAACGGGAUCAUCUUAUACUUUUGGCUAAGUGCUUGGAAAAUGAGAAGCAUGGUGUUCUCGACAAAAUAGCAGAAGGAAAUGUACGCUUAGGAAGACUAGAAGAGAAAGUUAAGGUGUACAAAAAGAAAGCAGCUGGGAAGCUCGGAGACAUCAAUCUCAAAAUGACUGAGCAAGAGAAGGAAUUUGCUGGGAAGACUGCUCAGUACCAGCAAGAAAUGAAGCACCUCCAGCGGCUGCUGCAAGACAAGCAGGAAACCCUUGACGAAGUGCUGCAGCAGAAAAGGAAAGUAGAAGGUGAACUUGAAAUAGUAUGGGAAUCAACUUCCAAAGAGAAUAGGAGAAUGAAGGAACUCUUGCAUAAAUCUCUGGAGAAGAACAACAUGUGGAACACUGUCAGAGUUUAUGAAUCUUACUUAGAUGAAAUCUCUGAGAAAGACUUAGUUUGUGGAUAUGAUUUUAACUACUGUGACGUGAAGCCUUCAUCAGCCACUAAGAAUCAAAGUCAACAGGAACCUCUGGGUUGAGGUCAAAGAUGUUUCCACAUCUCACAUGUGAAAGAUUGAUCCCAAAGAAACAAAGAGUAAAAGCUCAACGACAAACACGACCUAGCAAGACAGCAUUUAUCUUCUUUGAUGCUAUUAUACUUUAACUCAUCAACAUAGCAUUCUCUCCAAGGUAAAAAAUUACAUUUUCAGUCUAGAUUUAUUUUAAUAAUGCUGUUGAAGCUAUUUGAUAAAAGGCCAUUCCUAACCCAGGAAAAAUGUACAGUACCAUAGUCACCACAGCAUGCCAGCUCUACUUACCAAAUUAAAAACUGAUAAAUAAUUGCCACGCUCACAAAACAUGCAAAUAUUGCUACAAAACAAGUGAACAAUAAGAGAUUAAGAGAUAAAGAUUUCCUACUUGAUAAAUGAUGCCUAAGCGUUUAUCAAAUGGUUUUUAAUUAAUGUCAGUUUAUAAAAAAAAUCCAACAAAAUUACCUAAAUUUCCAAAAUAUGGUA